CUCACGGAAAAGUAAUUUCUUCUAUUAAAUCUGUUAUUGCUUGGUUAUUUUUAGGAGUUUUUAGAGGAAAUCCUGCACAAGUAAAAGAAUAUCAGGAUCUUCUGGAUCCUUUGCUUCAACAUACGUCUGAAGGGUGUCCUGUUGUACCCAAGUAUUACUACGUGCCAGCUGAUUUUGUUGAACUGGAAAAGAAGAACCCUGGCAGUCAGAAACGGUUUCCCAGUAACAAUGGACGCGAUGGCAAGUUUUUCUUGUGGGGCCAGGCAGUUUACAUCAUUGCAAAACUCCUGGCUGACAAAUUAGUAAGUCCUAAAGACCUCGACCCUAUCGGACGUUACAUCCCUCCAGAGGAUCAGCGGAAUGUUAGCAUGAGAUUUUCAAAUCAGGGCCCUUUAGAAAACGAUUUGGUAGUACAUGUGGCUCUGAUAGCAGAAAGUCAGCGCCUACAGGUUUUUCUGAACACGUAUGGAAUCCAAACGCAGACGCCCCAGCAGGUGGAACCAAUUCAGAUAUGGGCUCAUAAAGAACUUGUCAAAGCUUACUUCCAUUUGGGAGUCAAUGACAAAUUGGGACUAUCUGGAAGACCAGACAGGCCUAUAGGAUGCCUUGGAACAUCAAAGAUUUAUCGAAUACUAGGAAAGACUGUAGUUUGCUACUCGAUCAUUUUUGAUCUAAGCGAUUUCUACAUGUCCCAGGAUGUUAUGAUGUUGAUUGAUGACAUUAAGAAUGCACUGCAGUUCAUUAAGCAGUACUGGAAGAUGCAUGGUCGUCCACUGUUUGUUGUACUCAUCCGUGAAGACAAUAUAAGAGGGAGCAGAUUCAAUCCCGUAUUGGAUAUGCUGGCAGCCUUCAGAAAGGGAAUUGUUGGAGGAGUGAAAGUCCAUGUUGACAGAGUACAGACAUUAAUAUCUGGAGCAGUUCUUGAACAACUUGACUUCUUAAGAAUCGCCGAAACAGAAGAGGCUCCUAUAUUUAAGAGUUUGGAGGAGUUGGAUCUUCCAAAACAUUCAAAAGUCAAGAGACAGUCUAGUACUCCAAAUGCUUCUGAACUUGAGCAGCAACCAGAUGUAAAUAUUAACGACUGGAAAAACAAGUCAACGUAUGAGAUCCUGGAGAAACUUAACGACUGCAAUUGUCUAGCAAGUGAAGCAUUACUCUCAAGUAUAUUGCUUAAAAGGGAAGGACCGAAUUUUAUCACCAAGGAAGGUACUGUUGCUGAGCAUAUUGAAAGAAUCUAUAGACGAGCUGGCACCAAAAAGCUCUGGUCUGUUGUGCGCUUCGCAGCAAGUCUUUUAGGUAAACUAGUGGACAGCCUUGCACCAUCUAUUACUAAUGUGUUAGUUCAGGGCAAGCAGGUGACACUUGGAGCUUUUGGCCAAGAGGAAGAAGUUAUUUCUAAUCCCUUAUCGCCAGGAGUGAUUAAGAACAUCAUCUAUGAAAAAUGUCGUUUACAAGAUGAAAGAGAAGCUGUAGUGCAGCAGGAACUCGUCAUACAUAUUGGCUGGAUCAUCUCAAAUUCACCUGAACUUUUCAGGGGAAUGCUGAAAAUACGGAUUGGAUGGAUUAUCCAUGCUAUGAAGUAUGAAUUGAAAAUCCGUGCUGGGGAUAUGCCAGCCAAGGACUUAUACCAGAUGUCCCCUAGUGAAGUGAAGCAGCUUCUGCUGGAUAUUCUUCAGCCGCAGCAGCAGGGGAGAAGCUGGCUCAACAGAAGACAGAUCGACGGCUCCCUCAACCGCACUCCCGCUGGGUUCUACGAUCGGGUGUGGCAGAUCUUGGAGAGAACCCCCAAUGGUUUGAUAGUGGCGGGGAAAUUUUUACCACAGCAACCAACCUUAUCAGAUAUGACGAUGUAUGAAAUGAAUUUUUCCCUUCUUGUUGAAGAUAUGCUGCAAAAUAUCGACCAGCCGGAAUAUAGACAAAUUAUUGUUGAGUUGUUGAUGGUUAUAUCUGUUAUUUUGGAGAGAAAUCCUGAACUAGAGUUCCAGGACAAAGUGGACUUGGACAAAGUGGUACAAGAAGCGUUUCAUGACUUUCAGAAAGAUCACAGCGGUCUAAAGGGAGCUGAAAAUCAAGGUGACAUGACUGCGUUUUACAACACUCCCCCAACCGGGAAAAAGGGAAUGUGCAGCUACUUGAGUAAGGCUGUGGUCACUUUACUGCUGGAAGGGGAAAUGAAAACAAGCAGUGAUGAUCCUUGUACCAUCAGCUGA